CUGCGUUUCUCUCAGACUGAGAGCUCAUCAGAGACAUAAUGAGACACAAAUGAAAGACGGACUGAGCGCACUGAGAACGUACCGUCGUUAUUUUUCUCUGCUUUCCUCCACUCAGGAAACAGCAUACUGCAGUGAUUUGGUUAAAUCGCCUCUAAGAGGGAGGGCGUUUUGAUUUCUUCGGAUCAUCCUGAUGGCUCCUCUGUGAUCUCCAGUCUGUAAUUUUGCUACAGAAAUGUUUUUUUCCAACAGUCAACCUGUCGUUUGGAGCUGUUGGCCAGAUGUGGAUUGUUGUCCUGUGGAAUAGAUGUGUUUGAUAUCCUGGAUGGUGAUGUGAUUAUUCAGAUACAUUUUUGGAAGCAUUGGAUUUUCUGGAUCAUACCCAAAAAAGCGCAGCAGCAGCAGCAGCAGCACUGAGGUGACUUUAACGGUGGAGAGAGAAUAUUUCACUUUACAUAUCGGGUUGGGAAUAACUGCACACCAUGCUGCAGUGUGCCGGCUGUGAGAAUCCCAUCGUGGACAAAUUCCUGCUCAAAGUUUUGGACAGACCGUGGCACAUCAAAUGUGUCCAGUGCUGCGAAUGUAAAUGCACUUUGACUGAGAAAUGUUUCUCACGAGAAGGGAGACUGUACUGUAAGAAUGACUUCUUCAGGAUAUUUGGGACCAAGUGUGACGGCUGUGAUCAGGGAAUUCUACCCAGUGAUCUGGUCCGCAGGGCAAAGAGCAAAGUGUUCCACCUGAACUGUUUCACCUGUGUGAUGUGUAACAAACAGCUGUCCACUGGAGAGGAGCUCUACAUCCUGGACGAGUUCAAGUUCGUCUGUAAAGAGGACUAUCAGAACAACAAUGGGAAGGACACAAUCCUACUCUCAGUAACGACAUGCAGCGACCCAAGUCUGUCUCCGGACUCGCAGGACCCGCAGGACCCGCAGGACGACGGCAAGGACUCGGAAUCGGGACACUUGUCAGAUAAAGAGGCAUGCAACAACGAGAACGACGAGCAGAGCGGCGUCGGGAAGCGACGCGGGCCUCGGACCACCAUCAAAGCCAAGCAGCUGGAGACUCUGAAGGCGGCGUUCGUGGCUACGCCGAAACCCACCAGACACAUCCGGGAGCAGCUGUCGAGGGACACCGGCCUCAGCAUGAGAGUCAUCCAGGUUUGGUUCCAAAACAGGCGGUCCAAAGAGAGACGCAUGAAGCAGCUGAGCUCGCUGGGCGGCCGGAGGGUGUUCUUCCGCGGCACGAGGAGGAUGAGGGCGCUGGGAGAGAGGCUGGAGGCAGAGGAGAUGGGACACUUCUCCUAUUAUGGAGAUUAUCCGGGGGAAUAUUACAGCUCAGGAGGGAAUUACGAGUACUUCCAGGGCCCUCCAUCGUCCCAGGCUCAGACUCCAGCAGACCUGGGCUACGUGCCCUCCUCCGUCCCUGCGGGCACCCCGUUAGGAGCCAUGGACCACCACCAACACCACCACCACCAGCACCAGCACCACCACCCAGGGCACCACUGUCCUACAGAGGUGCAGUGUUUCUCUGACACAGUUUCUGUUCACCACCCUGAGGACUCACCCAGUCCAGAGCCCAACAUGCCGGGCUCCAUGCACAGCAUCUCCAGUGAGAUGUGUGGCCCCGGCACACCUUUUACCUCUGUGUCCCUCAGUGACAACGGAUACACAAACCAGCUGUCACGGACCUCCUCAGACAUGAGCGAAGGCACUGUGUGGUAGCCCGGAGGAAACCCAACUGCAAAGCACACUUUUAUUUUAAAAGCAAAUCAAUGCAUUCUAAGGAGGUUUUUUUUUUUCCUUAUUUAAAUGUACAUUUAUUUAUUAUGUAUUUAUUUAUUUAUGUAUUUAUUUAUUUGCUUGCAUUUCUGUUAAGCUCUAUUUAACUAUUUAUAAAUCUCUAUAUUUGUACGUUGGUAUAAUUGUUUAUUGACUUGCCGAUCAAUAGAUUGUUUUUAAAUAGUCCAUGUGAAUUUGACUCAUUCAGACACUGAGAAUGCUGGGCCUCAUUGAUCAAGCAAUAAACAAACACAUGGAUAGGCAGCAGAAAGUGUUUUAUUUACUGUUUGUAAAACCGUUUAUGCCACGUAAUGUGACAUAGUUUGUCUUGAAUUUGUUGACAUAAAGAAGCGUGGUAGAGAUUUAUUUCAUUGCCUUCAGUAUUUGAUACAUGCAGCGUCGUCCAUGAGCUCAUGUAAGAUUAUUCUUGUCAUGUUCAAUACAUUUGACCAAAAACCUCUCUCAGGACUGUCCAGACAUUGUUUUUGUUUAUUUAUUUAUUUAUAUAUUUGUUUGUUCACCAUUCUCCUUCAACCAAUUGAUAACCAACAUGUUUGCCUUCAAAAGGAUCCGACUUUAAUGUGACACGAUUCAAGCAGUACAGUCAACUGUUUACUUAAAGCUCCAGUAUUCAGGGCUUUGGAUCUCAGCAUUGUAAAAAAAAAAAAAGAAAAAAAAGCUCUUGAUUGAUUGAAUGCAAACUAACCAAACUUUUGUAGCUGUUUUAUGGAUGUGGUUCCUCACUGUGCUCAUUUGUACUGUCCUCAUUAGAAAAAAAAGAAAUGCAAAUAAAUUGUUGCCAAAUGAA